UUCAGUAAGUGCAGCUCUCAGAAGUUCCGAGUCGGAAGAUCUGACCCUGAGAAGUUUCCUGGCCUCCUCCUACCAUGGGGUUGUUCAAUGUCACUCACCCUGCUUCCUUCCUCCUGACUGGUAUCCCUGGGCUUGAGAGCUUUCACUCCUGGUUGGCAGGACCCCUCUGUGUGAUGUAUGUUGUGGCUCUUGGGGGCAACACAGUGAUCCUGCAGGCUGUGCGAGUGGAGCCCAGCCUCCAUGAGCCCAUGUACUACCUCCUGUCUAUGCUGUCCUUCAGUGAUGUGGCCAUGUCCAUGGCCACACUGCCUACUGUGCUCAGAACCUUCUGCCUCAAUGCCCGCAGCAUUGCCUUUGAUGCCUGCCUAAUCCAGAUGUUUCUCAUUCAUUCCUUCUCCAUGAUGGAGUCAGGUAUUCUGCUGGCCAUGAGCUUUGCCCGCUAUGUGGCCAUUUGUGAUCCCUUGCAUUAUGCUACUGUGCUCACCAAAGGAGUCAUUGCUGGAAUGGGUAUAGCUGUGACUGCUCGGAGCUUCGUCACCCUCUUCCCUCUCCCCUUCCUCAUCAAGAGGCUGCCUAUCUGCAGAUCCAAUGUUCUUUCCCACUCCUACUGCCUGCAUCCAGACAUGAUGAAGCUGGCCUGUGCUGACAUCACUAUCAACAGCAUCUAUGGACUCUUUGUUCUUAUAUCCACGUUUGGCAUGGAUCUGUGUUUUAUCUUCCUCUCCUACGUGCUCAUCCUGCGCUCCGUGAUGGCCAUCGCUUCCCAUAAGGAACGCCUCAAAGCUCUCAACACGUGUGUGUCACAUAUCCUGGCUGUACUUGCAUUUUAUAUGCCAAUGAUUGGAGUCUCCACAGUGCACCGCUUUGGGAAGCAUGCCCCACGCUACAUACAUGUCCUCAUGUCCAACAUCUACCUUUUUGUCCCGCCUGUGCUCAACCCUCUCAUUUAUAGCGCCAAGACGAAGGAGAUCCGCCGAGCCAUUGUCCGCAUGUUUCACUGCAUCAAAAUGUGACUUUCACAUUUGGCUUUAAAAUUGGUAGACAUAGGCUG